GAAAAAUACAUUUCAGUAGCUGACUUCACAUUUCUGCACAGCUGUCCCAGUAAAAAAUUGACACUUGAAAUCAAAACAUCAACUUAAUGAAAACAAUAAAUUUGGAGGGUUAUGAAUGAAUAACUUAAUAUUCAAUUAGUGCAGUUAAGAGAAUAAUGUCAAAAGAGGCACAAUAUGGUUUAUUAUACAGUGAAUAUGAAUAUUCAUCUUACUUCCGCGUACCGUUUGAAAAGUUCUGUUUGUCUUUAGUGGGAAUACCAUUUGUAGCAUUGAUUUUUUGCAUAUUUUACUCCGUCCUAUUUAAUUUUGAGAGUGCCACUUACACUCAUUGCGAGGUUUACAAUAUGCUUCCUUCGAUAUCUGCUGCCAUAGGAAGUUUUUCUCCACAGAGGGAAAUAUGGCAAAUGGCCAUUGCUGUGCAUGCAGUUCCAAGAUUCAUAAUUGCAUGGCAGUAUCUACAUUUACAUUUUAGCGUGCUACAUGCACAAGAUAUUUGGAUUGCACAAGUUGCGUUCUUUCUUAAUAUUGUGGAGAAUUUCUCUCUAAUAGUAUUGUCUUUCUUUGUAUCCUCACAAAAUUAUGCUGUACAUAAGAAAGCCUUUGUACUGUUUAUUAUUACAUCGGAAAUCUAUAUGAUUCUGAGCUGUAUUCUUCAAAGCCGUUUUAAGAAGCAGUUUCGGAUAAGUCUGAAAUGGAAAAAGCGAUUUUUAGUAACCAAUGUGAUAUGUAUCUUAGCUGCUACAUAUUUUUUUAUGAGGCACAAUUCAUUCUGUGAACCAUAUGUGUACACAUUAUUCGCAUUAUGUGAGUAUAUCGUAGUACUUUCCAACAUGGCGUUCCAUUUGACAGCUUAUUUCGAUUUUAAAAAUAAAGACAUUGUGAUCUAUAAACAUGGCCUUGCUCUGACAGAAAGAUAAUAUUUAGUCAUUUAGCUAGUCAUUUAAAAUUGUUUGUUUUAUUUAUUUUUUUGGUUAUGGUAUGAAUGUCGAGAAAAUUUUGAAAACAGUAUUAACUUAGUAUUGAAAAUAUACAAAAUAGCUUCUAAAAAAUGUGGUGGUUAUUUUGUGUAGUAUUUACUGAUAGGUGUAAGAGUAUUAAAUAUUGUGGUGAUUGACCCUACCACUGCCAUCAGUUGAUUACUAUAGUAACAAAUAUACAAUCAAGUUCCGUCAACAAGGACUAUAGCAAUAAAACUUUAACUAAGGUUGGAGCCAAUUGUUUCGGCUUCGACUAGGUCCAGUCUUCUCAAGUGUAGGUACGUCUUAUCUUAAUUGCAAAUGUUAAAAGCAGUUUUGGAAGGGACAAAUAAAAUAUUACAUUAACUAAUCAUGUUUAUUUUUUUUUGGGAGGUAAAAUCUUCUUAAGACCGUCUGGGAAGGUGUCCCAGGUGUGUCGGAUUCAGUCCGUCCUAUUAUCUUGCCGGGCCCGCCUACCGACUAAACCCACCCCCUCUUUCUCCAGCCGACGGGUCUGGAACCGCUCUUAGCGAGCAUAUCUGACCCGUCGACCUUACUCAUAGCUCUCCUCCGGCACUCCAUGAACCAACCAAAGAAUUCCAGUUAACAGUUACGAGCAACUCCAGUCAUUCAUGCUUUCAUCUAUGCACGCUUUCUCAUCCACCCAUUCAUUCUGAUAUUAAGAUGGAGCAGUCUAUGUAGGUCGGAUUUAAAAGGUCCUUCCCCACCGACUGCCCCACAAUGAUACAGACAAAUAUAACAUAAAAGAAAGAAGAAUAAAAGAGAUGAGAAAAAGAAAAAGAGCAGAGAAAGUACGAGGAAGAGAAAAGAAGAGAAAAUAAAAGGGAGAGAAACAGAGAAUAGAAAGAAAAGAUACAGAACGUGAACAGGAAAAAGCGGAAAGUGAAAAUAUAUGUUUAAAGAACGGUAAGAGUUAAAAAUAAAAUUAAAUAUAUUAAUUGCCACCUCACUACAUCUGGAAUCAGGCUUCUCGUCCAGGCAGCCUUUCCGACUUCAGUUGCCCAUUCCCUCUGCUACAUCUCCAAGCUCCUCUUUCUUUCUUGUGCCCCUGAACCAAUUGCCCCGUUGCCCAUUUGAUGCAUUCGGACCCUUUCUCUGGUCAGGAUGUGCACCGGCACAGACCCAGCCACCACUUGUAAGGCAAUGGUUGAAAAUCCUGUUUAUUGUACCUUAAAAAAAAAAUAAAAAUUCAAUUUUAGUAUUAACCCUUAGUUGACGAACGGCACUUUAAAGUACCACUUAUUUAAAAAUAUGUCUAAAACACAUCUUUAUAUUUACCUUGAUUUUUUCCUAUAGGUACUUUAAAGUACCUUAUAGAGAAUAAUAAAAGUUAAUUUCAAUCAACCGACAACACUGUUUUAGCGGUAAAACAAUAACGAUAUUAGUGCAUAAUAUAACCUAACUAUUGUGUUGUGAUUUGUCUUCUGUAACACAUGUGCCAAUAAAUUGAAAAUUAUCAACGUAUUUCGGUAUAACUGAUUAUAAUAUCGUAGACGAAACAUUUGAGUGCAAACGUAAGUAUUUACUUUUGAUAAAUAAUUACUGGUGUUUGAGAAAACUGAUACUUUUCGCUGCGGACUUAAAAGUACCGUCAGGCAUUUGGAAGUAAUUUAUUACUGGACAUAAAUUUGUUUCGCGACUAUCGUUUCUUAUUAUGUAUAUUUUAACCCGUUUCUUUUUUAGAUGGAAAAAAAAUAGACUGGACUAGCAAAAAAUCUCUAAGUUAUGCGGAAUUAUUAAAUAUUGUUGACAAUUUCUUGUUUGAGGAUAUACCGGAUGACCUAAAUUUCCAAACUGACAAAGAAUCAGAUGAUGAUGAGGCAUUAAUUAAUUCUAACAAUGCUGUACCAGAACCUUCAAGUACAUUAGAAGUAGAAGAUGUUACUCAGUCCAUAGAAAGUGGUAUAAGAGAAGAUGUCGAGGUAAAUUCAAUGCAUGAAAUUCACUUGAGUCAGCAGAAUGAGGCAAUUUUAGAUAGAAAGUGGCGUAGAAGAGAAAUAACUACUGCAUCUCCAGAAUAUAUGUACCCAACACGUACAGUAGAGGAUAACUUUGCUGGUUGCGAAACUGGAACUGACAUCUUUAUUUGCCUUUUAGGUUCCAUAAUUGAUGAUAUAGUUUAUCAGAGCAACUUAUAUGCUGUCCAAAGGAAUAAGGUUCUGAAUCUAAAAAAAGAUGAAUUGAUAACAUUUUUAGGACUAAACAUUUUCAUGGGGCAUUACAAGUUACCAAAUUGGAGGCAUUAUUGGUCUAACAGCGAAGACUUAAAAACUGCAAUCGUUCCAGCUGCAAUGAGCAGAGACAGGUUUGAUGCUAUAUUGAGCAAUCUUCAUAUAAACGACAAUACUAAUAUUAACACACAAACUCAAGAUAAACUAUACAAAAUAAGGCCAAUGAUAGACAAACUGAACGAAAAUUUUUCAAGAUAUUAUAAAGGAACUCGUGAGCUUUCGGUUGACGAAUCGAUAAUACUUUUCAAGGGACGGAGCUCUCUAAAGCAGUACAAUCCUCUCAAACCUAUCAAGAGAGGCUAGAAAUUAUGGUGUCUGCCCGAUCAAUAUGGAUAUAUUAUGAAAUUUGACAUUUACCAGGGAAAAAACAGCAUAAUUGAAGAAAAGUAUAAGGACUUUGGACUAGGAGCCCGUGUAGUUCUGCAUCUUCCUGAAGAAGAAUGGGGAACGCAAAGAAUGAUUUAUUUCGAUAACUAUUUUACCUCCAUACCCUUGUUAGAGAAGUUAAAAAAGUGAACAAACUUUAGCAUGUGGAACAAUUAGACCAAAUAAAAAGUUUCUUCCUAAGAACUUGACAGUUCAUAAAUCCAUGAAGCGCGGAGAUUUUGAUUACAGGAUUUCGUCGAUGGAUAUUGGAGUGUGGAAAUGGAAGGACAAUAAAAUUGUUUACUUCGCUAGUAAUUACCACGGUUGUGAGGAAAUAACUGUUCAAAGGACCCAAAAAGAUGGUGCUAAGGCUGAUAUUGUUGCUCCCAUGAUUGUAAAAGGUUACAAUAAAUUUAUGGGGGGUGUUGACCAUGCUGAUCGUUUGAGAACUGCUUAUGGACUAAACAGACGCAGUAAGAAGUGGUGGCAUAGGCUAUUUUGGGGAUUAAUAGAUGUAGCAUUCGUUAACUCUUAUAUAAUAUUCUGCGACAUACGAGAAAACCAAUCUCUUUUAGAUUUUCGAAGAGGAGUUGCUAUGGGCCUGAUGGCUCACAAACUUCAGAAAACUCCAUCAAAACGACGAAGACCGAAUAGUAAUGUGUACCCUGAAAGAAGAAGAAGAGGAAAAUAUUAUUCAGUCACAUCCGAUGUACGCCUUUCAAAUAGAGGUACUGGGUACCUUUCUUACCCACUGGGUAAAAUAUGGUGCCCAAAGAGGUAGAUGUGAGGUAUGCAGCAGCCAAGUUGUUCAAUCGCGACCUCAUUCAACAUGUUCUACCUGCAAAGUUUAUCUGUGUUCGAAUGAGAAGAAGAACUGUUUCAAUAUAUAUCACUAUGUUGAAUAUUGAUGCAUUUUUUACAAAUAAAUUGAUAAAAAUCUCCGUAUUUAUCAUUAGUCAUCUAAUAACUUACUACCACACUAAAUUACUCUACACAGCCUGACGGUACUUUAAAGUACCGCAUCUGUUUUUUUUGCGUAAAAGGUUUUGAAAAAUUUUGAAAAAAAUUAUACUUCUUUUUGAAUGUAUUUUUGAACAUAUUUCAUCAGAAAAUUUAAAAAUUUUGUAUUAUUUUUAUAAUCCGGCAACUAAGGGUUAACAAAGCAAAUCCUGCCUAAAGCAGUACAAAAAUGUUAAUGAUACUUAUGGAUGGAUGGAUUGUAACUGAAUGAGUAGAUUGUAAGUUGGUAGAGAUGGCCGGGAUCGAACCCUUUGCAGCUUCAGGCAGCUAUUGAGUUUUGUGUAGUAGCUGCUAUGUUGCUGCAGUUUUUAUUCCAUGGUCGACCAUGUACUUGAAGUACCUACCCGAAAACGUGGGAAAAAAUUUAUAAAUAGGCCAAAAAGCCAAAACGAGAAACCUUUAUUUAGCGGCAGCAUACGCUUAAACCAUUCCCUUGCCAUCUUUUGCCAAGAUCAAAGAUUACAAGUACCUAAUUACAAUUUUAAGAAAAUACUAAAUAGAAAUAGCAAAUUGGCAAGCAAAUAUAAUAAUUAUUAAAAUAAAUUAGUUAAAAUUGUUUAAAUAAAGAUUCUGUUGAAGAUUGGUGAAAUAUACAAAAAAUUUAUCAACUACAAAUAUGAAAGGAAAUAUGUACUUACAAACGACAAAGAAAUCAUUGAAAUAUGUAUAGCUGGGGGUAGUUUUGAAACCAGUGAUUUACUUACAAAAAAUGUACUAUAACUGGGCCUUCAAAAUAAAAAUAUUGUGUAAAUAUUAUUUAUUGUAUUCUGUUAUGGGUUACUAUCUAAAUCAACCAUCAAUAAAAAAUAUUCCAGGGGCAAUCAAAUCUCUUGCACUUAUCAGUAAUUUGGAUGAUCCAUCAUUAUUUUAUAAGAGUCUUCCGACUGGACUUCUUUGUUAGUAAUUUUUUUUAUAUAAUUUUUAUAUGUGGUUUAGAAAACUAUUUCGUAACUAUCUAAAUUUUAUGUUUAUAAUCGCCCAAAUCUAAUAAAAUUGCUGGUUAAUUCAGUGCUUUAUAGUAUGUACAAUUAUGAUGCUCAAUCUUAAAAUAGUGAAAAGGGUUGAUAUUAGACAAAAAAAACAUUUACUAAAGUUAUAGGCUACAUUGUAUGAAUAUAGGAGCCUUAAUAUUUAUAUAAUUAAAGAAUAUCUACUUUUUGGCUGUUAAGAUGGCCUCUGACAAACAAUCUGUACUUAAGACUCUGAAGUCUACAACUUGCGAAUCUGUAACAGCUUGAAACUGCAGAGUCCCUUAGGCAAAAUAGCGAAUCACAACAUAGAAAUUUUGUUAUGGGUGCCAAGUAUAAGGAAUCGCUUUUUGUUGAUGUACCAUGUCCUUUCAGAACAUUGGUUACCAUCACAGCUAUCUUAAUUUUAUUUACUGCCACCCUAAAUAGCAUGCUUGUAUCAACACCAUACCAAUCUCGCCAGUUCUUCACCCAUGAAGUUCUUCUUCGUCCUGGUCUGCGUUUGCCUGCUAUCUUCCCUUGCAUAAUAUUUUUUAGCAACCUAUAUGAGGACGUCUUGCUGAGACGUUCUAGUAUUGUGGAGUUUCGAAUCUUCUCUACCGAAGAAACUUUUAAAAUACUUCUAUAGCACCACAUUUCGAAAGCCUCAAAACGAUUUAGAUCAAUUUUAUUCACAGUCCAAAACCACCAUAAAGUAAGGCCGAUAACACGUAGCUGCGAAGUAGGCGAAUUCUCAAUGCCAAUUUUAGGUCUCUGUUACAUAAAUUUUGGUCUAAUUUUGCUUAACACAUAGCUGAUAUAAUAAAUAUUCUUUUUAUCAGAUUAAGACCACUCUACUGUAUCCCUAAAAGCCGCAUCGUGGAAGAUAUUCAAAAAAAGGAAAUAUGAACUUCCUACACACUGUACUGGAGAAAUAUUAUAUACCAAAGGCAAGCAAAAAGCUUAUUACAACCUUCUGCCUACCUCUCACAAAUAUUUUCAAAGCUUCAUAAAACUGAAAUCAAUAGAGAAGUUCUAGUUUUUAGCUAUCUCGUGAUGGAGUAUCUUUUCUCCUGAGUUAUGCCGUUCUUUAUAUUCAGUUACAGCAUAAUAUGCCUGACAGCUUUUGGUAAGAAGGGUGGUUUUUUGAUUAUUAAUACGAUUGUCACGCACAAAAUUGUCUUAUUUACUUAGUAAUUUUUUUUUGUUUAUUCUUAGCAACUAAUAUAAUGUAAGCCCUUUUCUAAAGCAAAUAAUACUUAUUCUUCAACAUUUUAUAACGAAUAAAAAAUAAAAGGAAUAAAAAUAAAUCUUUAUUUAGAUAGUUAGGAAAUCAGUAGAUUAAUAAUUCGAAGACUCCAUUACUGUUUUCAGUCAUUUAACAAAACGUACUUCUUUUUGAGAGAACAAGUGGUAUUUAAAAAAAAAUGUGAUUUUUAUAUGAAAUAUUUUUAUUGAUAUGACCAGUAGAUAUUAAGAAAAAAAAUAUGUCCUACAUAAAUACUAGAAUUGUCUUUUUAGUCUUUUAUAUAAUCACUUUAUCAAAGGAUCUGUUGUGGAUAAUAAAUUCUGAAUUACUUUAAACGAAUUUUAUAAAUCGUUGCUGCUAUUUUUAAAAUCUGUAUAUAGAAAGAUAAUUGGUUGUUCAGUGCGUUUUAAUAAAUUCAUGAAUAUGUAUUUUUUACUUGUUUAUAUUACAUAUUUAUCGUCAAAAAAUCAAAAUUUGCAGCUUCAACUCAAUAUACAGUUGAGUCCAGGUUUCUUUACCCCUGCAUCAUCAUUUAAAGUAUACGAAAUAAGUCGAGAAUUUACUAAACGCAACAGCAAGUGACAGAAAGUGGGUAUUACUCCGAUCACGGGUUAUAGUAUAAAAUUUGACGGUAUAAAAUAAAUGGAAUGUCAAAUUUAAGUUUUGCUUUAAAAUUUUGGUGCAUAAUUACAGCUACAUUUGAAGUAGCUUAAUAAAUUCUUUUAAUAUCAUUGAUUAAUAAAUAAAUAAACAAUUUAUAAAAUAAUUCAAUAACAUAUUUUCUUUUUGUUAUUUUAUUCACUUUGGCGGAACAUUAAACACAAGCAUUCCUUAACUGUGUCAAUGAGGUUAACUUCGUACGUUGACAAAAUUAAUCGUAAAAUAACAUAAACUUACCAUAAAAUUUCAAACUCCAAUAUAAAAUUAGUUGUGAAAACAACUGUUUGUAUACUAUAAAAAACUUCAACACGCAAGAAUUCGACAAAAUAACAGCAAAAAAUUCAACAAACUGACAGCCACAAAAGUAAACAAACCAAAACGUCAGAAAUUGUAUUUAAAAUGUGAAAACAUCCCCAAUCGUCUUGUUUGUACCUAUCUCUUUUCAAUGUAUUGAGUCUAGAUCGUUCAUAAAAAUAACAUGUGUUUGUAUUUAAUAACAGACGGUAGCUGGUUUGUCAUUAGUUUCAUGCGUGGAAGAGAAUGAUGCUAGAUAAAAAGUAUGUGUUUUAUCUCGUCAGGUAUUAAUGACGCACGGGUAAAGACUCGUGGACUCAAGUGUACUAUACGUUUAAUUUUCGAUUAGAGAUACGCGACUGAAGGAAACGCUUAAAUCGGCAACAUUGCUUAUGAGAUUUAGUUGCAUUGCAAGUGUAGAAUCGACGAAUAACUGAAUCCGCGCGACUCAGGAGUGGGAAGCGGGGAAGUAGUAUUGCCAUGUAUUGGGUGUACUCUUAUAUCUCAUUUAAAAGUAAACACACGGUCUGAAAUAAGAAGCUAAACAAAUAUAUGCUGUCAGAUAUUUUUAUAUAGACUAGAAAAAAACUUCAUUUUUAAAAAAAUUCUCUUAUCUUUCAUUGCUUUCUGUGGUUAUCCGGGUUUAACGCGAUAUCUAAGUAAUAAAAUACAUACCAUUUGGUAACUCCCAGAGUUCAUAUCAUACAUCGAAAAAAAAAAAUGAACUGUAAUGCUAUAUUAUUUUCCGAGUUUAUGCUGAUAUAUGUCUUGCUGAAGUUUCGUCUCUGACUGCAAGAGAGAGGAGUCAUAAAACGUUAACGGGUCUUACGAGUAUUUAAAGCUCCAAUUUGGGGGAAGGAUAUAAACAGUAUUUUGAGACAACGGAUAUACUCCAAGUGAUAUACGAUAUAUACGCCAAAACAACGAAGUCGCACAAGAAAGUCUUAGAUCAGUCAAAGUUUCAUGAGAACGGUUGUCUACCCCUGAAAUUUCACGUUCCCUGUGGUUGUCAUAUAGUAUACUGAAUUCGCUGUACCGAGAUUCACUUUGACACAUUCGGAAUAGGAAACAUACAACACAAAAAUUCCUACCUUACACUAUUAACUGCUUAAAUCAACUUAAUCUUUCAUCAAAAAAGAAGAAUUAUUAGAAAUAAUGGGAGUGUCUACUAAUCUCAUAAAAUUUUGUGGAGUUUAUUUCUACAAAAUAUUUUUAUUUUGUACAAUAAAUAAUUUUCUCAUUUGUUAUCAAUACAUUAUAAUGGUGUAAAUAAAUAAUUAUUGAUUGGCGUAAGGUUUAUGUUAUUUUUAUGUCUGUUUACUAUUAAUAAUAUUGGCUAUGAGCAGGUGCGUUGGUUGUGUAGUAAUUUCCAGUCACUUCUGACAACAGAACUUUUAUAAAUACUUGUUUGACUGAAACAAAGUAGCAACUGUUUGCUUUGACACUUUGGCACCUGUUUGGUGCAGACACCCAAUUGAGGGGUGCAAAAACAAACGCGGCAAUCUCCACUUUUUCUUGUUUUGAGUUAGGGACGCCAUCUGUUGCGUUUUUUUAUUUUCUGUUAGAAAAAACUAUUUGUGAAAACCAAAAGCGGUCUUAACUGUAGACAAAUCGCAGUGAAAAAUUCAUAUUGGGAUUAAAAUCGGCAAUCUCUAUAGCUGAUUGCUACCAAACACGGCAAUCUCCGCUGCGGCCAAUAAGAGCCAGGUAGCGCUCGCAUGUGAUAAACUGUGAAUGCCGUGAACUCUGUCGAAAACUGUUAAUAUAUACCUGAACUUCCGGAUACUUUAGUUUAAGUGAUAUGCAUAUAAAUUGCUUUUACAUAUUAUAUUAUUUUCUUCAUCUUGCAUUACCGUCUCCUAUCGGAGACGGUAAUCGGACAUCACAGCUAUUUUAACUUUGUUGGAUACAGCUCUGAACAAUUGUAUUGAACUGCACCCGUACCACUCUCUUAAAUUUCGCAACCAGGAAAUCCUCCUACGUCCCAGAUUUUUCUUUUCCGAGAUUUUUCCUUGGAUUAUGAGGCUUAGCAGGGAGUACUUUUCCCCUUUCAUUAUGUCGCCUAGAUAUUCCAGUUUUCUCGUUUGUAUUGUUUUUAUGACUUCGCAUUUCUUCCCCAUCUUUAGCAAAACAUCUUAAUGUUACUCUAUCUGUCCAUGGUAUUUUCCACAUUCUCCUGUAGCACCACAUCUCGAAUGCCUCAAUAUUUUUGAUGUUUAUCUUUUUCAGUGUCCAAGCUUCCAUGCCGUACAACAGUUCUAUUAGGAAUGUUCCUUCGGGUACUUCAAUUUGGUAAGUAGAACAAUGGGUAAAAAUUUUAGUAGGCAUUGGAAAAAUUGCAAUGUAGUGGGCUUCACGUUUUGACGUUGCGCUCAUUGUCAAAACGUGAUCGGCACGGCAUCAUCAUAUUUGGCGGCAUCAUUGGAUAAUAUUAGGAUUUGAUUGCUGCAGUCAUCGCUUUCUGUAUUUUCUUGUGUGAAUUUGUCUGGACAGAUGAAUUUAUUUCAGGUUCGGAAAGACUAACCCGCUUAUCCAACUGACUGCGCCACUUAAAAGUUUUCACUCCCAAAUUAAUAUACUUUUAAAAAUGACCCUUUAUUAACUUUUACAACUCUUUUUCUCUACUUUAUUGAUCAAAAAUAACUAAAAUUACAAUAAUAUUACUUUUAUACUGUGCGUCCAUAAAGUAACGUACAACAGAGAAAACAUAGCAUCUUAAUAUUCUCGUUCGUAAUUUAAAAUUUAUGUCCCGGCAGCAUAGGAACUUUUUCAUUUUUAUAAAUGAUGGUCUCGCUAUUUCUAUUCGCCUCUUAAUUUCUCUGGUCUGGUCAUUAGUAUCAGUGAACCACAAACCCCUAAAUUAUAUUAUUGUUCAAUAUCAAAAUAUAUUUUUCUUCACUAAGUAGCCGGCACAAUGAUGUUUUAUUAGUUUCAAAACGGGCAAUAUCCUUAUAGAUAAUUUUCAUAUCCGUUAAUCUCCAAGCAUUACAAACAAAAACGGCAAUCUCCAAACUAAAAUAUUAAAAAAAAAUAAUAAUUUCUUAAGUCCCUCUUUCUGGACAUCCGAUCACAAACCAAAUUUUAUACAGGGUGGGGCA